AAAGCUGCCCCAGCCUUAAAAGGUCCUGACGGUGUCUUGUGCAUUCUGCCGAGUGGCAGCAUUAUUUUUGUUCUGUGGACUGCCGUCCUGUCCACUGCCCCUCACCCUGCUGCUUUGCCCGGAUCUGGACUUGCUUUAGCUACUUUUUUGGAAUAACACACCUUUUCUCAUAUUGUCAACGAUUCGUGGAUUGGUGGAUUUUUAUUUGAGAGCUGUUAAAGUAAAGGACAAUCUGACAUUAUAAGUUGGCGGAGUGGGCCUGCAGGAUGUCAGGAGCGUUACAAGUGUCGCAGAAGCAGAAACUGCAGGUGCAGCACCAUCAGCAUCAGCAUCAGGAGCAUCAGCAGCAGCAGCAAUAUCACUAUGAGAGCAGCUGUUACCUGAGCUCCAAGUCGUCUGUUAGCACGCAGGCGUUCGCCACUUACAAGACCAGCAGCCAUCGCCUGAAGACCUCUGUGAAGACAGAGAAGGGGCAGGAGGUGGUUAAACUGAGCCCGCUACCCAAGAGAGCCAAACGCACCUACCUGGCAAUGGACACAGAUAAAGAGGUUAUCGGCUACGUCGUCCCCGUAUUUAGAGCCAAUCAUGAUACAGUUCGGGGUCUGUUGGAGGCUCAGGAUGAGGAGACGAUCGAGGAGGGCAUUCACUAUGUGGCCAUGAGAAACCUGUUUGUCAGGGAGGCCAAGGAGGCUAUGCAGGUGAAAGUGGAGAAGAAAACCAGGUCGAAGCAUGUGAGGGAAUCGGCCGAACGCCUGGAAAUGGGCAGAGUGAUGGAGGAGUGGUCUGAAUUUAGGAAGAAAAUGAACCCAGACAGCCUGACACACCCUCCAGAGUUCAUCGUCAAGCCCCGUGGACAGACUGUGUGGGAGGGCAGGAGCGUCAAACUGCACUGCACCGUGGCCGGGUGGCCCAAACCCAGGAUCACUUGGUACAAAAACAACGUGCUCAUUGACGCCAAGGCCCACCCAGAGAAAUACACAACAGAGAGCAACUACAACAUGCACUCCCUGGAGAUCAAGAACUGUGACUUUUUCGACACUGCUCAGUAUUACGCCUCUGCACUCAAUGUGAAAGGGGAAUCUUCCUCUGUGGCAACCAUUGUUGUUAAAAGGUUCCAGGAAGGUGAGGAAGCAGGUCCUCUUGAUCCCAAACCACAUGGUUUCAGCCCUGAACAUGGUGUUACCUUUGAGACGACCAUCAUUGACAAAUUCGAGGUGGCCUUUGGCCGCGAGGGCGAGACACUGAGCCUGGGCUGCACUGUCAUCGUUUAUCCCACUGUGAAAAAAUACCAGCCUGAAAUCCAGUGGUACAGAGACUCUGUGGCCUUGAAGCCCUCCAAGUGGGUGCACACCCACUGGUCUGGGAACCGUGCCACUCUCACUCUCAUCCACCUCAACAAGGAAGACGAGGGCAUGUACACCCUGCGUGUGAACACCAAAUCUGGCUUUGACGCCUACUCUGCUUAUGUGUUUGUCAAAGAUGCUGAUGUGGAGGUGGAGGGGGUUCCCGUGGCCCCUUUGGAUGUGCGCUGUCAUGAUGCCAAUAAGGACUAUGUGGUGGUGACCUGGAAGCAGCCAGCGGUGGAGGGCAGCAGCUCCAUCCUGGGAUACUAUAUCGAUAGGUGUGAGGUGGGCACCCACCACUGGGCUCAGUGUAAUGACACCCCAGUCAAAUAUGCCCGCUUCCCUGUCACAGGACUGGUGGAGGGCCGAUCUUACGUUUUUAGAGUGAGGGCCUUGAACAAAGCAGGAGUGAGCCGUCCAUCCCGUGUCUCUGAGGCGGUGGUCGCCAUGGAUCCCGCCGACAGAGCCCGACUUAGAGCUGGACCCUCCGCUCCUUUCACUGGAAUGAUCAAAUUCACAGAGGAGGAUCCCACUGUGGGCGUGGUCCCUGGAGAACCAACUGAUGUUGUGGUUACUGAGGCAACCAAGAGCUACGUGGUGCUGGCAUGGAAGCCCCCAGUCCAGAGGGGUCAUGAGGGCGUCAUGUAUUUCAUUGAGAAGUGUAUGUCAGGAACAGAAACCUGGCAGAGAGUGAACACUGGUAUGCCCGUCAAGUCCCCCCGCUUUGCCCUGUUUGAUUUGGCAGAGGGUAAAUCUUACAACUUCCGUGUGCGCUGCUGUAACUCUGCUGGCGUGGGUGAGCCUUCUGAGCCUACAGGAGAGACCGUCGUCGGAGAUAAACUGGACCUGCCCUCAGCUCCAGGCAGCCCAGUGGUCACCAGAAACAGUAGCACCUCUGUGGUAGUUUCCUGGGCCGCCUCUAAAGAUGUGAAACACUUGGCUGGAUACUAUAUUGAAUGUAGUGAGGUGGGCACUAACGUCUGGGUGCCCUGCAAUAACAAACCAGUGAAGACAACCAGGUUUGUGUGCCAUGGCCUGAGCAGGGGCGCAAACUAUGUGUUUAAAGUCAAGGCUGUCAAUGCUGCUGGAUACAGCCAGGACUCGGCCAACUCUGAUGCUGUGGUUGUGCAGCCUGCCAUUGCCAUCCCCAGCAAGCCCACUGGUGUGACCCUCCUGGAGGCUGUCAAGGAUUACAUGGUUCUGGGCUGGAACGAGCCUGGUGAUAAUGGAGGAGCUGAUGUCAGGGGUUACUUUGUGGACUACAGGACUGUGAAAGGAAGUGUUUUUGGAAAAUGGCAUGAAAUGAACCACCAGGCAGUGACAUCUUGCACAUAUAAAGCUGAGAACCUGAAGGAGAACGUCCUCUACCAGUUCCAGGUGCGUGCCAUGAACAUGGCUGGUGUGAGCACAGCGUCUCUGCCCAGUUCAUCUCUGGAGUGUAAGGAAUGGACCAUCACUGUGCCAGGAGCUCCUGUUGGCCUUCAUGUGCUGGAGGUCCGUGACACUUCCGUUGUGGUCCUGUGGGAACCACCUGUAUUUGAUGGUCGCAGCCCAGUCAAUGGCUACUAUUUGGAUCUCAAGGAAGCCUCCACUGGAGAUGAAGGCUGGAAAGGUGUUCACGAGAAGGUCAACACGAAGAAAUACAUAAAAGUGACGAGUCUGAAGCCCGGCACAUCCUACGUUUUCCGUGUGCGUGCUCAAAAUCUUGCCGGAGUUGGAAAGCCCUCGGCUAACUUGGGUCCAAUCCUGGCCCAGACUCGUCCUGGAACUAAGGAGAUUAUUGUGGAUGUUGAUGACAAUGGAGUCAUUUCUAUGAUCUUUGAAUGCUCUGAGAUGAAUGAGGGCUCUGAGUUUGUUUGGUCCAAGAACUACCAGGCCAUCACAGACAGCUCUCGUCUCACGUUUGUCAAUGAAAAGGGCAGAUCCAGAGCUAUCUUUAACAGUCCAUCCCUGGAGGAUUUGGGAACCUUCUCUUGUGUUGUCACUAACACUGAUGGCAUCUCCUCCAGCUACACACUCACCGAGGAGGGUCUCAAGCGUCUUCUGGAUCUCAGCCAUGAGCACAAGUUCCCUGUUAUUCCCUUUAAGAAUGACAUGGCCAUGGAGUUGCUUGAGAAGGGUUGCGUGAGAUUCUGGUGCCAGGUGGAGAAGUUCACCCCUGCCCUCCAAGUGGAGUACGUCUUUAAUGAUGCCAUCAUUACUCAGGGAAAGAAAUACACAAUGAAUUUUGACAAAUCCAACGGCAUCAUUGAAAUGUUCAUGGAUUCUCUGGAGGUCACUGACGAGGGAACGUUCACCUUUAACCUGGUGGACGGCAAGGCUAAGGGCACCACCAGUCUGGUACUCAUUGGAGAUGAGUUCAGAGAGCUUCAAAAGAAAUCAGAAUUUGAGAGAGCAGAAUGGGUCAGGAAACAAGGUCCUCACUUUGUCGAGUACCUUGACUUUGCCGUGACUCAAGAAUGCGAUGUGUUGUUGAAAUGCAAGAUAGGAAACAUCAAAAAAGAGACAGAGAUCACCUGGUCCAAGGAUAGCAUCGAGAUUGCAGAGGAUGAUGAGGAUGCCGCGAAAAUCGAGAGAACGGAUGGCGACCUGACCUUUAAUAUCGGAAAGUGGGUUAGCAAGCAAGAGAAAGCGAAAAAGGCAGAAAAAGCAGAGAAAGAGAGGAAAAAGCCAUCUGCAGAGGAAGUUCCCGCGCCACCAAGACCCAAAAUAAGCAAGACGGACGCAGGUAUUUACGAGGUGUUCCUUCAAGAUGAAAGAGGCAAAGAUAAGAGCAUCUUCAAUCUGACAGAUGCAGGAUACCAAGCUGUAAUGAAUGAGCUGUUCAGGGUUAUUGCCAACUCCUCCACUGAAAUCCAGGUCACCAGCACUGAACAUGGCAUCAUCCUCUAUUCGGACGUCAAAUACUACACUGAUGAACUCCGUGUUGGUUGGCUUUUCAAAGAUGCAAAGAUCGCUGCUUCAGAGAGAGUUAAGGCUGGAGUCACAGGAGAGCAGCUUUGGCUCAAGAUCAAUGAGCCCACGGAGAAGGACAAGGGCAAAUACACCAUGGACAUCUUUGAUGGCAAGGACGGUGUGAAGAGGGUCUUUGAGCUGACCGGCAAAGCAUGGGAAGAGGCAUUUGAGGAAUUCCAGAGGCUCAAGGCGGCAGCAAUUGCAGAGAGAAAUCGUGCUCGUGUUGUUGGAGGUCUGCCAGAUGUGGUUGCUAUCCAAGAGGGCAAGUCCCUGAACCUGACUGGCAAUGUUUGGGGUGAGCCGACACCUGAGGUAAGCUGGAUGAAGAAUGACAAGGAGCUGGUAUCAGACGACCGCUACAAACUCAAGUUCGAGGCCGGAAAGUUUGCCAGCAUCACAAUUGCCGCUGUAACUACGGCUGACUCUGGCAAAUACGCUCUCAUUGUCAAAAACAAGUAUGGCACAGAAGCUGGCGUGUUCACCGUCAGUGUGUACAACCCAGACGAUGAAGAAGCCAAGGAGGAGAAGAAAGGCUAAAGGAUAGAGCAGUGUAAUGAAGUGGAGUGGUAAAGAUGAACAACUGGGCUUUCUCCAAAGCAUUUUACCCCGGCACAUGCCGGUGCAACAAAGCAGUCUAAAUAAAUGUUGAAUACAGCUGCUUCUUCCUGCGUGUUUCAUGUGCUGGGCUAAAGAGCUUUGGGCAAUGCUUGUCAAGAAAGCAAACAACAAACGUGAUAGAGGAUUAUUCUGUGCUUGUGUUGCUCAGUAUGCAUUGUCACUACUCGCCUCAAUCAGCAGUUAAUGUAAUGUAUUAUAACAGCAGAUGGUUGUCUUGUGAUUAACCUUUGUUUUAAAACGGUGCUGAGGCCAAAAAAAAAAAAAAAAAUCCCUUAGCCUCUAUUUUCUUAUUUUACAGUAUUUACUUUGGGUAACCUUUGACCUCUCAAA